CAACCGAAUAAUCGACACAGAUCACUUCCCAGUGCUCUCUCGUUCUACUGCAAAUAUAGUUAACGUCGUUGCAGAUUAUUCCAUUUGAUUUAUUAUAAUAAACAUAUCUGAAUAUCUAACUUGACGGAAUUCCUUGGUUGACGAAUCAUAUUCAGAAACGACUUCGUCUUGUGUUUGGAAGCAGUGACUAAUUUUUAUUCAUUGGUGGUGACGGCGUUAUUCUAUUGAUAUGGGAGCACCGACGACGCUUUCCGUUAUUGGUAUAAUAUUUUUGUUGUUUGGCGUUUUCGUUGGAUGGUUCGCUUUUCCAAAGAUGAUACACAAAAAAAUAUUGGAGAGUAAAUCAAUAAAUCCGAGAUCAGCUAUGCGUCAGAUGUGGUCACAUCCUCCGAUAUAUGCAGAUUUUAAAAUUUAUUUGUUCAACGUAACUAAUCCUGAAGAAGCCCAGAAGGGUGAAAAAAUUAUAAUCAAAGAAGUUGGGCCUUAUGUUUAUCACGAAUGGAAAGAAAAAGAAAAUUUAAUCGACGAUAUGGAUGCAGACACAGUUGAGUUUAGUUUCAAAAAUACUUUUAUUUUUGAUGAAAUGUCGACACUACCAUUAACUGGAGAUGAAAUUAUAGUUAUGCCUCAUUUGGCUAUGAUAGGAAUGGUAACAAUGACUAAGAUGAUGAAACCAGCCGCACUGGGUUUGGUAAAUAAAGCAAUUCCUUUCUUGUAUCCAGAUCAAACUAGUGUAUUUAUGAUGGGAACCGCUAAUGAUAUCAUGUGGAAUGGAUUGGAUAUAAAUUGCACUUCCAGAGAGUUUGCAGCCGUUGCUAUUUGUACACAGAUAAGACAAAAUUCAGCGAGCCUACACAAAAUCAGCAAUGAACAUUUCAAAUUUUCAUUAUUCGGAGUGAAAAACGGAACCAUCGAGAGCAAUCGUUAUACAGUGAAACGCGCCUACACUUCGCCAGCGACGGAAGUUGGCCAGGUGAUCCGAUUCAACGACAAACACAAAAUGGACGUGUGGCCUGGUGACGAAUGCAACAAGAUAUACGGGACAGACACCACGAUAUUUCAACCGUUCAUUACAAAGGACACCAACCUGGCCAGCUUUAGCGGUGAUAUUUGUCGAUCAUUGGUUCCCGACUAUGUACGAGAAACAAAAUAUAAUGGAUUAAAUGUAUUUGAGUAUUCGGCCAUUUUAGUAAAACCAGAGGAAAAAUGUUUUUGUCUGAAUCAAAAAAAAUGUUUAAAACCUGGAGCAUUGGAUUUGACAAACUGUUCAGGUUCGCCUAUAAUUGCAACUCUUCCUCAUUUUUAUAAAUCCGAAGACUAUCUGAACAAUGUUGAUGGACUAAGCCCUAACGUUGAAAAACAUAAAAUUCAAAUGUACUUUGAACCUAUGACUGGUUCUCCGUUAUUGGGUUACAAACGUUUACAGUUCAAUAUGUUUUUGAAGAAAGAAUCAAAAAUAAACGUUAUGAAAACGCUCAAUGAAGAUGAGAAACUAAUACCACUGUUUUGGGUUGAAGAGGGAAUUGCUUUAAAUAAGACGUGGACUAAUCAAAUAAAAAAUAAAUUAUACUUGCCAAUUACCAUCAUAAAAUACGUUAAAUACAUAUUUGUGAUUUUUGGUAUUGUGUUCAUCAUAUUGGCAGUGGUCAUCAACUACAAUAGUGUUAAGACAAUGGAAGUCACACCAAAAUAUUAGAAUUCAAUGAUCGUGAAAAACAAUUUUUGAAAUACUUUAUA